GUCAUCCACCACCAUAUAAGAACACAAAAGUACUCCUCACAGCCUUGUAUUCUCUGCUUCACUUGUGUAUCUCCUCCUCCUCAUCCUCCCCUGCUUCUUUCUUCUCUUCUUAAUUCUCCCGAUCCAACGAGCUAUUCUGAAAUAACGUACUUUUUCCAUGGCAGCUCUUAGCCUUAGCUUUAUUAUUGGCGUUAUAGGAAACAUAAUUUCUCUAUUGGUUUUUACUUCACCCAUAAAAACAUUCUGGCAAGUGGUUAAGAAGAAAUCAACCGAAAACUACAGGGGGGUUCCAUAUAUAACCACACUACUAAGUACAUGCUUGUGGAGUUUCUAUGGAAUUCUCAAGCCGAAGGACGGCGUGCUUAUUGUGACAAUCAACGGUGCCGGUGCCGUCCUCCAGCUGAUCUACGUCACUCUCUUCCUCGUCUAUGCACCUAGGGAUAAGAAGAUUAAAACAGCAAAGUUGGUGGGCAUAUUAAAUAUUGGUUUUCUUGGGGCAGUAAUUGCUGUGGCUCUUCUAGCAAUUCACAACUUCUAUAUAAGGAUGACCUUUGUGGGAGUUGUAUGUUGUGGAUUGACAAUAGGCAUGUAUGCUUCACCUCUAUCAGUCAUGAGAACAGUCAUGGUGACAAAGAGUGUCAAGUACAUGCCAUUUUUUCUCUCAUUUUUCUUGUUCCUCAAUGGAGGUGUUUGGUCGAUUUAUGCUGUUCUAGUUAGAGACAUCUAUCUUGGAGUACCAAAUGCGAUUGGGUUUGUAUUUGGGUCGGCCCAAUUGAUCCUCUACACUGUCUACAAGAACAAAUCAAGAAAGCCAGCGGAAGAAGAUGAAGAUGUAGACUCUGUUCACCUUGUCAAUGUGGAGAAGCUUGUGAUAGAGGAUGAUGAAGAGGCCAAUAUGUCUAAGAACAGAAGGCUAAGCAAGGGAAAAAGCCUGCCUAAACCAUCUUUUACUCGACAGUACAGUUUACAGAAGCUGGUGAAGACGCUUUCAAUGAAUAAGUACGAGUUGCACUCUGUUUGGGCUAAUCAAGAUGAUCUUGAGAUUGGCCACACCCCACAAUGAUGAAGACCACCACCCUCCUUGAAUUUUUAUUAUAAAGAAUAUGUAUGUAUACGUAUAUAAUUAUACUAGUAUUAUUACAGUUUGUUUUGACCAAAAUAAGGCAUUGGUGUAGGCCAAGUCUCCUUUUGUGUAGUAUUUUUAAUGCAAAUGCACGAAAAAAAGAGAGACUCCUUUCUGAGGAUCUUUUGGAAUGGUAUA